UUCACUUUGUCAUUAUUGGAGGUGAAACGCCUUUGCGGAAUAUCUAAAGAAAACAUGAACUGGAAAGACUGUAAACUGCAAUUCUACAACACCGGUGUUUGGUGAGUCUGACUGUUCAAGGAUAAUUCAUUCAAACACCACCAACUUGUGGAGACACAGUUAACUGGAAGUUUUAUUGAAACCAGCUCCACCCACAAGACAAGGAAACGAAGUUUACUUUCCUGAUCAGAGAACAGACGCCAUUACAUGAAACUGUGGGAUCUGUUCAGAAGAACACUAACUAGGAGGACUGGAAGUCAAAGGGACUGUGUUUUGGUGAGUCUUGUUAUUGAAAAGAAAUUUGGAAAUUGGUCAAAAUGGCUGAGAACACUGCUCUUUUAGAAAGUUUCCUGAGUUGCCAUGUGUGUUCAGAGACUUUCAGAGAUCCUGUGUCUCUGAGCUGCAACCACAGUUUCUGUUCAAGCUGCCUGCAAAAAUUCUGGGAACAAGCUGAAAACAAAAACUGUCCCAUUUGCAAAAGAAAAUCCUCGAAAGACAAGCUAGCAGUAAACUUUACACUGAAGGAACUGGCUGAUUCCUUUGCUGGGAGACAGAAAACUGGAUCAUGUGAUGCAGAAAAAGUAGAAAAGAAAGUGGAGCUGGUGUGUAGUAAACAUCCAGAAGAACCUAGAUUGUUCUGUACAGAUGAAGACAGAGCUAUUUGUCCUGUCUGUGAGUUUUCUCUCCACCAGAAUCACAAAGUGGUUCCUAUAGAACAAGCAGUCAUUGAACUGAAGGAAAAGCUGAAAUCUGACUUAAAGUCUCUGCAGGACAAGAGGAACAAAUACAAACAAAUGGAGGAAACGUACAACAAAGUGAAUCAACACUCCAAAGAGCAGCUGUUGUCCACAGAGAGGCAGAUCAGAGCAGAGUUCAACAAGCUCCACCAGUUCCUGAAAGAGGAAGAGGAGUCCAGACUGGCAGCUCUGAGGGAGGAAGAGGAGCAGAAGAGGAAGACUAUCAGCAGAGAGAUGAAGAGCAUUCAGGAGCAGAUCUCCUCUCUGUCAGACAGCAUCUCUGCUGUUGAAGAAGAGCUGCAGAAACACAACGUGUCGUUCCUCAGAGGUUAUAAAGACACUCAGACCAGAGCCAGAGCCCAGAACUCACUGUCAGACCCACAGCUGCUCUCAGGAGCUCUGAUAGAUGUGGCCAAACAUCUGGGCAACCUGUCCUUCAGAGUCUGGGAGAAGAUGAAGGAGAAGGUCCACUUCAGUCCUGUCAUUCUGGACCCAAACACUGCAAACCUCCGUCUCUAUGUGUCUGAUGAUCUGACCAGUGUGAGAUAUGGAGGCACAAAGCAGCAACUUCCUGAUAAUCUAGAGAGAUACACUUAUCAAGUCACUGUUCUGGGCUCUGAGGGCUUCAGCUCAGGGAAACACAGCUGGGAGGUGGAGGUGGGAGAUCAUCCUCUCUGGAUUAUAGGUUUGGUUAAACAGUCAGCUGACAAGAAUGAAAAAUCUGCUUCACCAAAAUCUGGAUUAUUGUGUUUGCUGCAUCGCAGUGGGAAAUACACUGAUGGUGAUGGUCAGACUGUCAGAGUGAGGAAGAAUCUCCAGAGGAUCAGAGUCCAGCUGGACUAUGACAGCGGGGAAGUUUCCUUCUACGACCCUGAAGACAUGACUCCCAUCUGCACUUACAGAGACACUUUUACUGAGAAACUCUUCCCAUAUUUUAAUAUUGGACAGUCUGGUGAUGCCAAAACUACUGAUAUUAAAAUCUGUCACACUGAGAUUUCCCUGUGAUGAUCAGGAAAGUUAAUACAUUUUCCAAACCCUUACCCAACAACUAUAAAAAGUAUUUCACUGAAACUAGAUUGUAUAUACUUUUCAGUGUCUGUUUAAAUUAAAUUGGAGAAGCAGGGUAAAGAACCGAUAAUCCAGAGAAGUUAAAGAUCUUUUAAACACUGAAAUAUCAUCAGUUUAAAAGUGAAAAAUGUUUAAUCUUGGUUUAUCAUUUAUAUAAAAUACUUUGAUUCUGGUUGUUUGAGUCAUGUUUGUAAGUUUGUGAGAUGUCUUCAUUUAUUGUUGAGGUGUUCUAGUCUUGAAAAUGUUUUAAUGUGAUUUAUUUACAUUUUACAGUCAGAGGAUCAGUGAAUCAAACAGCUUUCAUUCUCUUGUUGUUUUGUUCUACAGUGGAACUGAUUUGUUGUUUAGCAUCACAGAACAUUUUAAAUCUAACUGUUUCUACUUCUAGUACACACUGAAAUUUAAGGCUGUAUUUGAUUCUAGUAUUUUAAGGAACUAUUAAAGACAAAAACCUGAAAUUCUAGCUGUUUUUUCUACACGACAAUUCUUCUCUAAAUUAAGGUUUAUACCUAUAAAGUGGGGUCUAGAAAAUAGUAAAAAAAAAAACAAAAUCCAUAUUUAUACACUGGGAUUUAAGAUGUUGGUUGUUUUGUUUUAGAAAAUACUAUGUAGGAAGAAUGGCUAUCAUGACAAGUAAGACAAGAAACCUCUGUGUUUGGAGUGACAACGAUGUGAAAUUUUCUGUCUGUACAGAUUAAAAUGCAAACUAUGAGAUUUUAAACUAA